CACGUUUUGGUGAUAAUUAUUUUAGAACAAACUUCACUUGUAGGUUUUUCUAUCCUGUUCAUUUUGUUUCAAGCUCUUGAAGUGAGAGCAUUUAUCGUCAUGGUCAACAAAACUAUUGAUAUAUUCAAUCAGAUAUCGAGGAUAUCGAAGGAUUUAACUAUUUAUGAGCACGAAUUGUAUCUUAUGGUGCUGGGAAGGCUUGCGUGUAAUAUUUCAAUAGUAAUAGCCGACGCUCCAACAUUUGCCGAAGCGGUUGAGGAACACGAUGGAGUCUUUAUUAUGCAGAGCAUUUUAAGAUACGUCUUGUGGUUUGGAACAGUCAUUGUGGUGGACAUUUUGUGUUUGGGAUAUAUCACUGCUGCCGGAAUGUACAGGAAUAUCGGGGAUCAUAUGAUCUUGUUUGCCAAGCGUAUAGAGAAGUCCGAAACUUGUUCGAUGACAACAUUUCGGCGGAUGCAAAUGCUUUGUGAUUUCUCGGAGGAGCUCGAUAAGUGUUCUGCGAUAUAUUCUCAAGUGUUUACGGUCACUCAGGGAUUCCAUAAAUUAUUCCAGUUUUAUAUAUUUUUCACACUUUACAUGGAACUUUUGAUUGUUAUUUCAAAUAUGCAUCGAGUGUUUUUGGCAUAUAUGGCGGAUAACGUUAUAAACUGGAGUAAAUUGGCAGUGAGUUUAAUUCAAGCCAUCGACUUUCUAUUGCUGAUGCUUUUGGCGGAUUUGGUAUCGCGUCGUUCGAGAAUACCAAAAUACCUUAAUUUAGAUGUUUUGUGUUCAGAUAUCGAAAGCAGAUGGGACAGAAGUUUCUUAGAGACUGCCAACAAAACUAUUGAGAUACUGAUUCGUAUAACGGUUAUUACCAAGGAUCUGAGAAUAUGUGGCCCGGAAUUGUAUUUAAUAAUUCCGAUACGAGUUUUGAGCAGCUUCUUGUUGAUCGUAACUGACAUUCCCAACUUCAGAGAUGUUUUCCAAUCAAAGGAUCCAGUGUUUGUGGUGCAGAAUAUUUUGGGCUACAUGCUUGCUCAAGUGACUUAUAGUUCACUAGAUGUCGUUUGUUUGGUGUUCGUAAUUAAUUCAAGGAUGUAUCGCAUUAUAGGCAAUCAUAUGGUGAGAAUUGCGGAACGAAUUAAAAUAUCGGAGAAAUUCGCAAUACCAAAAAGUCAAAGAAAGCUUAUGUAUGACGAAUAUUGUGCACAAUUGGAGGAAUGUUCAGAAAUGCAUUCGGAAAUUUUUAAAAUAGUUUUGAAAUUCCAUUCAAUGUUGCAGCUCAUAAUCUUCCUGAAUUUCAAUUUCACCAUUAUCAGUGUUAUUAAUGGAGUUCAUGUUUGUUUUGUAAAUUAUUUGAAGUUCGGAGAAAUUUUGUGGUUUUUAUUGGCUCAGACAUCGAUUCUUUUUGUAAAUUUACUACUUGUAAUCUUUUGUGCUGACCUGAUGGUGCAGAGGUCAAAAAUACCUACAAAUUUUGAUUGGGAAAGUUUAAGCCCGCAAUUGUGUGGACGAUGGGAUCGAUGCGUUUAUCAAUUCUUGGCACAAAUGCGUUUGGAGGACUUGCAAAUCAGUGUAUUUGGAUUAUUUUCAUUGAAUCGUGAACUUUGUUUAAGAGUCUUUUCAAUGAUAGUUGGAUAUUUAACCAUUGUGAUACAAUUCAGCAUGAUGGGAUACUUUGGGGAAGAAUCGUAG